GGCCCCUCCGCGCCUUUCUGCCCUCAGCCACGUUUGGCUUACGAGGCGCCUCCCGGUUCUGAGCGCGAGGUCCUCCCGCCCGAGUAGUCUGCAGGUGACCAGGUGUGACCUGGCCCCGUGGGAGCCCAGCUGGGGCCUCCUGUCGGGGACCUCACUCACUGCUCCUGGGCCCGGGGCUCCGUGUGCGCCGUCCGGCGUGGUGGCAGCAGCCACGCGUGGCACAGCUCUGUGGGAAGGCAGUGGCCCUGCUCUCUGUGAAAAGAUGUCCUAUGGAUCCAUCGCUGGCAGUGGCGGCCUGGGGAGCCACGGCCCUUUCGGGGGACCCUCCAGACAAGGCUAUCAGCCCCUAGAGUGCGCUAAAUGUUGGACCGAGUAUGGAAUACGCCAUUUCCCCUGCCCGUCGCCAGAGAGCAGCCCGCAGGACCCCUGUUUGGGCAAGGACAGGGAAGGUGAUCUGGGGUCGGCGGGCACGCCCAGAGGCCCGAGGGCCAGGAAGCGAGGGCCAGGGGUCGCCCCCGAAGGCAGCGGGACACCAGAGCCCGGCUCACCGCCUGCCGCGAGCCCAAGGAAGGACUCUGCCGGCGGGGCCCACGGCCGGCUGGCGGGGCCCGGCGCCACGCGGGCCAAGAAGAGGAAGCCCAACUUCUGCCCGCAGGAGACAGAGGUCCUGGUGUCCAAGGUCAGCAAGCACCACCAGCUGCUGUUCGGCACGGGGCUGCUGAAGGCCGAGCCCACCCGCAGAUACCACGUGUGGAGCCGCAUCCUACAGGCCGUGAACGCCCUGGGCUACUGCCGCCGGGACGUCGUGGACCUCAAGCACAAGUGGAGGGACCUGCGCGCUGUCGUGCGGCGCAAGCUGGGCGACCUCCGCCACGUGGCCCGCGGCCCCGGCCGGCUCCAGGCCUCGGCCCUCACGCCUGUGGAGCAGGUGGUGGCCGAGACCUUCUCCUGCCAGGCCCCCGCCCCGGAGGGCCUCGGCCUGGAGCCGCUCAGAGCCACCCAGGUGGACCCAGGUGACCUCCAGGAGCUGUUCCAGCAGACAUCGGCCAGCGUCUUCCGGAUCAACUCCAACGUGACCUCCUUGGAGCAGAGCCUCCGGUCCCUGGGGACACCGAGUGACACGCAGGAGCUGAGGGAGAGCCUCCACGCGGCGCAGCAGGGGACCAACAAGACCGUCGCGGCCAGCGCCAGCGCCUUGAAGCAGAUGGCGGAGCUCCUGCGGGGCUGCUCCCGGCAGGAGCAUCUCCAGCUGGACCGCCUCAGAACUCAGCUGUCGGAUGCCAUUCAGCGCUACGGCGCAGUGCAGAAGAAAAUUGCAGAAAAGUCCAGAGCCCUGCUUCCCGCUGCGCAGAGGGGCGGCACGCAGCAGCAGAGUCCCCGGGCCCCUUUUGCUGAGCUGCCUGACGAUGAGAAGAUCUUUAACGGGGGUGACGGCAUGUGGCAGGGCCAGGAGCAGGUGCUGCUUCCCGAGAUCACCGAGGAGGACGAGGAGGCCAUCCGGCUGCGCGAGGAGGCCAUCCUGCAGAUUGAGAGUGACUUGUUGGAUGUAGAUCAGAUUAUCAAGGACUUGGCCUCCAUGGUGUCAGAGCAAGGAGAUGCCAUUGGGUCCAGCAGCGGCAGGGCCACGUGCCGGCAGAGCUCCAGCCCCGAGCCAGCCGUGGCGCCCCUGCGGCCGGGCCCUCACUCCCGCACCAAGACGCGCAAGCCCAACUUCAGCCCCCAGGAGACGGAGGUGCUGGUGCAGAGGGUGGCCCGCCACUACCCGCUGCUGUUCGGGGCGCUGCGGGGCACGCCCUCCCGGAAGCACCGGGUGUGGAGCAAGAUCCUGCAGGCCGUGAACGCUCUGGGCUACUGCCGGAGGGACCUGGGCGACCUCAAGCACAAGUGGAGGGACCUGCGAGGGGCGGUGCGCAAGAAGCUGGCGGAGCGCCCGCGGGCCCCCGGCCUUGUCCUCACCCCUGUCGAGCGCAUGGUGGCCGAGACCUUCUCGGCCCCAGCCCCCCUAGGCGAGGGCCAGGCUGCCGAGCCCCUGCCAACGGACGAGGAAGACGAGGCCCCCAGCUGCCUGUGGCUACCCUUGCGGACCCUGGAUGGGCCAAGCCUGCCCGAACCUGACCCCCUGGACCUACGAGGAACUGUCCCUGCACCUGCCUCCUCGCCCUCCCCGCCAGCCUCCCCGGCCUCGGUGCCCCCUGCAGCUGCAUUCCCAGGGGCCCUUGGACCCUCCCCGCCCUCCACUGUGCCACCCCCGACCCCUGGGAGGCCCGCAGCGGAGGCCUCCGAGUUUGAGCAGCGACUGCUGGACUCCCAUCGGCGACAGGGCGCCCUGCUCUCCCACUGGUCUCAGCAGCAGAGUGCACUGAUGGCCCAGCAGAACCUGCUGCUCCAGAGGCUGGCCGAGCAGAGCCAGCGGCUGGCCGACGGCGUCGAGGCCCUCAACCGGACCCUCGAGAAGCUGGUGGAGGCCUGCCCGGCCCGGGGAGCCUCGCCCACAGUCCUGGACGGCACCCCUGCUGGGGGAGUGGCCUCUGGGCCCACCAGAGGCCCCCAGGGCAGCCCCCAGGCCCCCCACCCGGGCCUGGAGGUCUUCUCAGGGAUGAUCCUGAAGGUGGAAGAGGAGGUCUAGGGUCUGGUCCCUGGAGGGCUGCACGAGGAGCGGGGACCCCAGCCCUUCUGAGAGGCAGGCUGGGGGACAGCAGGGCGGAGUUGGGGCCUCGAUGGAGCCGGCAAGGACACAGGACACGCUCGUGCAGGGAAAGGCUCUGGGGCCGGUCGGUGGUCCUGGACAGAAGUCUACUCAGGGACGUUGUGGCUGGAAGAUGCAGAGGGGCGCUGGCGGGGCCCGGCCUCCGCUCCGUCCCGCGCUCUCACCUGCUGUGCCGAGUGCCUUGGAGGGCAGAGCCAGCACCCCCCUGCGGCCACAGGGGGUAUAGAGGGUUCGGUGUCCCCAGACCUGGAGGGGUGGCUCAGCGGGGUGUCAGGAAGGUCCCCAGAGGGUGACCCGGAGGGCCCGCCGGAAGCCUCCUCCUCCUGGACGUGGGGACACUGCAGGCUGGGCUCCUGUGGUUUUCUUGGUUCUGCCCAGGACGUCCCGUCUUGCAGCCUGCGGUCAUUCCUGCCCGGUGUUAGAUCUGUGGUCUGACAGACACACGUGUGCAUAUAUGUCACCUGGUACUGUAUGGGGCGGGAUACCAUUUUGUACCUACUGAUGUUUCUUGCAAAAAGAAUUAUUUUUCCUACACAAGCAUAAAAUAACAACGGAGAAGGCCCUGCCGGUGGUGAUGCUCGCGAGCAAAUGAGACGGAGCCCGGUCCUGUUCCUCGUACGGGCUGUGCCUUUGUGUUCGGCCCCGGCAGGGAGCCCUGAGCGCUUGCUGGGUUUUCAGAUCUGCUCUCUCCGUUACCUCCUGUGCCCCUGGGGGGGGGGGGGAGGGAGGGGGGGAGGGGGGUCCCGGGGGGGAGGGGGUCCCUCAGGGAGCUGGGGCCAGCCCUUGGCCCUCUCAGACCGAGCUUGGGCUGCAGCCACACAGCCUGGGAGGCUGUUGGGGGCCGGGAGGGGAGGGCAGGGGUCCCCAGGGCCUCGCUGGUCUUGGGCCUCGUGCCCUCUGCCCGCCUCCCCUUUUCUUCCUUCUCCUGACCCUUGUGGAUAAAAUCCUUCACGCAGAAGCCUGAAGGAUCGGCAUGGGCCGGACAGCAUAUUGGUGCCAGGGCUCGCGGGGAAGCCCCCGCACCGAGGAGGGGCCGGACCCACGUCACUGGCACACUGGGCGGACCCUCUUCUGGUUUUCCAUUUUUACCGUGAGCCAGCAGUGUGUUGGUGACUUUGUCUACGGAAGGGAGCCAGAGCUCUCUGGCGAUUCAGCCAGCUGCCCCCCGCGACACGGCCUGGCCGCCCUUGCAGCCUCCUCUCCCUCUAGUCGCAGGUGGUGCCGUUUGUCAAUGGCCGCCUUACUCAGGUGGCCCCACCCUGCGAAGCCUUCCGUCCGCUCCGCAAACCUCGGAUCCUUCUCCACACGCUCUCGAAGCCACCGUUGGUCUUCUCUGUGGGUGGAAGGGAUGGGCUGUCCUUGUCCAAUGAAACGUGCCUGACUGGUUGACAUUCACCUCCCUACUGUCCGUGAGCACUGCUGCCCCUUGCUUUUGCCACCUCCAGUGGAGACUGAGCCCUGGCCCCAGUCACACUCUGGGCCCUGAUCUGGUCACACGCUGGUCCUCGAUCCUGGUCACAUGCUGAGCCCUGACUGUUGUUACACCUGACCCCUCACCCUGAUCAUGUGCUGCGCCCUGACCCUGAGCCCUGGCCCCACUUACUUCCAUAAUGUCUAUCAGGAGCCCCCUUGGGGCCUGGCCCUGUACUAAGUGCGAAGAUGCACAGGUGACCAAGGGAGACCAGAGGCCUCUCCUCCCAGCGCUCACGGUCUGCUGUAGGAAACAACACUAAGCAAGUAAAUACAUAUCAGGUAAGUGU